AAACAAUGACAACAUAGGUGAUUUCGAAUAGUACCAAAAUGAGGAUUUUCAUCGCACUUUGCUUGGUGGCGGCCGCGGCUCAUUGUCAGGUCACUAAUGUGGACUGGAAUACCGUCAGUCCCAUCGAAGUCUUCCCGAGCAACUACAACUUAGAUCGUUUGGCCAAAACACUCGAGUAUGCAGAGCGUGCAAAUCCGUCGCGUAUCGUUGGGGGACAAGAAGCUACCCCAGGACAGUUCCCGUACCAAAUUGGCCUCCUUUCCACCAACGCCGCGGGUUCGACCGGAUUCUGCGGAGGUUCCAUCCUGAAUGAAGAGUGGAUUCUCACCGCGGCUCAUUGCGUCGACUCUGCCCAAUCGGUAGAAAUUAUUAUUGGCGCUCACAAUAUCAACGAGCCCGAAGAAGGGCAACUCAGAGUUGCAGCCCGAAAAAUCGUCGUUCACGAGAAUUGGGACGUCAUGACGAUCAGAAACGACCUGGCAGUGAUUCAGCUCGCUUUUCCUAUCGAAUUCUCCGAUCGUGUCCAACCGAUUCGUCUGCCACGUCGUUCACAGGUUGGCCAAACAUUCGCUGGUCAAACGGGAACCGUAUCCGGUUGGGGAAGAGAUUCCGAUUCGUCCAACAGCGUCAGUCCUGUUCUUCGCUGGACGCAGAAUCCCAUCACCACGAAUCUUGCGUGCAGCAUAUAUUACUUUUUCCAAAUCAAUAGCGCUCAAAUAUGCUUGUCUGGUGAGGGAGGCCGCUCUUCGUGCAACGGCGACUCUGGUGGUCCGUUGGUGGUCAUUGAAGAGGAUGGCAUCGCGACCCAAGUCGGUGCUGUAUCCUUCGGAAUUGCGCUUGGAUGCUCUGUUGGAUGGCCUGGUGUUUACGUUCGUCUUACCGACUACUUAGACUGGAUCGCGGACAACACGGAUGGUCACCCCAUCGUCAGAGAUUAAUCACCCACUAAUUAU